AUGACUGCAGUCAGCACAGCACCCAGUUUAGAAGCCCUGGAGGAGGGAUUCCAGAACAAGAUUGCUGCUUUACAGAUAUGUGCUGAUCUUCGCGGCGGCUGGAAGGAGGACACGGUGAUUGAAUUCGGACAGCUGAAGCAGGAGGUGCAGUUCAUACGGCAAGAAAUUGUUAGGUUCAAAGCUAUCAUUGCCAGCUCUAAGAAGGACCUGCUCACUGCACACACUCUCCUAGAGCUUAUGCAAGGACUGUGCACCCGACUGACGCACAUGAAGACCAACCUGCCAUCUCACCUACCACGAGCGAAUGCCAAUCCCACCGUCACUAAGGUCUCCCCCGAACAAGUGGUCACGGACAGCGACAAAAAGAGCAAAACUAAUCAAGAAAAGCAGGCACCAAAGAAGGACACUGGAAAAUCAUCUCAGACUCCCACUAUAUCCUAUGUAACAGUGAAGGAGUUUAAUGAUGUACCCAAGUAUAUUCGAGGACGUCUACAGUAUGACCAAGUAAAUGUUGCAAUUGAUGAGGUCAACAAGACGCUAGAGACAAAGUAUACCCUUUUGAGGCGUCCACGUGCUAAGCUUUCUGAGGUUGACAUGAAGGUGGUAAUGGCAUGCAGGCAGCAAGAAAACCAGGAAACCAAAGGUCUGUAUUUUGUAGUUGAUAAUGACAUCAAGCGCUGGAGUGGCUUGAAGCUGGACAGCAAUGGUCGUUCUAUCAUGACUGUUCUUCGCACACUCAAACGCCUAAGAGAAGUGCGUGGACCAGGAAAUCUGGUGCGAUACGCAGUCCUACUCUGA